AAACACAGAUAGACCGCCUGCCUCCGGUACACGCUGUUGAAAAUCAAACACACCCCUUUUUAGAUUGUGUAACCGCGACAAGACUGGUAUUCGUGUUGGUUAGCUUUAUAUGAAAACCAAACGAGAGGGGUAACUUGGCAUCAGGCAAGCCGCAACCUUACAGGGAUGGGUUGACCAAACGUAUUUAAUUUUAUGAUGUUGUGUAAACAACAGCAGUGCCGUACAUUUACUUUAUUCUGUCGCUAUGGCUUCCAGGAAGCGCAAAAGGUACUGUAAGGAUAUAAAGUGCGUUUUCUUUCCGGAUGAUGCCGAAAAUGGUGUCGAAAAUCUUGGGAGAGGGCCAUCAUCACUUUCAUCCGUAUCUUCAGCCAGGAGUUGGGAGAAGCGUGGAGACAGUUUUUUGGACACCCCGGUGAUCAAGAACCACAAGUCAUCACGAAGGAAAUUGUCUGCCAUAAGAAAAUCCACACAGAUCCCUGCUCUAGCUCAGACCAGCACUGUUCACAUUAACGAGGAGCAAGUGCACAUUGCGUGGAGCUCCAGUGACAACGAACAAUCCGACGAUGAGACCCAGGAGCAGCAUCUUGCCAGAGCUGCGGCACUGAAGCAACAGCAUCCUCAGAGACCAGGAAGACCCAAGGCUCCAUUUCAGUCUUACACCAGAGCACUGCAUAUGCUCAGCACUGAGAAAGAUGACCUUCCUGUAAUAGACACAGACAGUGAUCUGGAUGAAUCAGAGGAAGAUGUUGAGAAGGACGAUGAGCAGCAAAUCUCUGACUGUGAGUCCUCUGAUGAAAAGCCAAAGGACUUCCCUCUUAAACCUACAAAUGUGGUGGAGCUAGAGAUCUCAGGCUAUGUGUCUGAUGGAGAGAGUGCUGGCAACGCCUUGUCCUCGAGCAGAUUGGACUCGGGGAGCUUUCCUCUCCAAACUGGUGAGGGCAGCAGCAGGUCAGUUAGUGACUGGGUCAGAUCUGCCCAGGCGAUGCUGCAGACACCUCAGAAAGCAUUUGACAGGCCGCCCAGGACUCCAGAAGAUUCUGGCAAAAAGAAAAGGAAAUUUCAAAGUGGAGGUCUGGCAGAGAGGUUGAAUCGACUCCAGUGCAGACAGAGGUCAGCUAUUAGCUUCUGGAGACACCAGUCCAUCUCUAACACCUCAGUGACAGCAGUGGACAGGCCUGGCGUGCUGGUGCUGGAGGUGCUGGAGGUUCAGGAGGAAUGCAACAUGCAACUGGUGCACUGUGAGCACUACCAGCUGUCCACAGAGGGCCACCAAUACAGCCACACUGUCUCCCAGGAGAGAGCUCGUGUGCUGGUGUUAUUCAGCAGAGAGACCGCAGCCCAGCUGAUUCCUUCACCUGGAGAUAUCAUCCACAUAUACCCACCAUGGCAAAGUCUUUCUAUAGAGGGCUUCAGUUGUGAUAUAAUUCUGAACACACACUUCAGCCAGAAAGUCUUCUCUGCUUCCAAACCUGCAAACAUGUCCGUCCCAAGAGGCCUGCUCUCUGCAAGGAGGUGCAUGCCAUAUUAUUUGGGUAAAACAUUUGAACUGCUGGAUGUAUGCAGGACCACAGAGGAGAACAGUGUCCAACAGGAUGAUCUUUCUGCUGCUCUCAGUAGUUUUAGAGGUUCAGGAGUUUUGAAAAAACACUGCCUAUCUCUCCUGGAAGCUAUUGAAGGACUGGGCCAGGCUGGCUCUGUGGGGCAGGAUGUGGAGGUGGUGGUCCAGAGGGUUUACUCCAUUCCUCUGCCUGACAGCUCUCCUGUGUCAAUCUUCAAGCCCAGAGUCCCCUCCAGAUCUUUCGCAGCUCCUCCUGCUCCUGUAGAGAAAGGGAAAACCAGACUGUGUGUUCUUGUCCAGGACAGUUACGGGACAUUCAGCGUGGUCCAGCUCCAUAUCCUGCCCUCUAAGGACGACCUCCACAAGUACUGCGAGUUGUGGCAGGGGAAGACCUGUGUGUUAAGAGGCAUUAAAGUGGUUCAGCGGGUUACUCGAGAAAGACACACCAUGCUUUUCAGCUUGAUAGACAGUUUGUGGCCCCCGGUGAUGCCUCUCAAAGAUCAUGGCAACACACCUAGCACAUCCAGUGAGAGCAGAUCUGCAGGUCCAGCUCCGAGAUUCUGCUACCUGCUGUCAGGUCAGGAAAACUCCGUUGAACCCACAGUGGGGCAGGCAGUGUCCCCGCUCUACCUACCCCCUACAGGACAAACCCUAAGAGAUGUGUGGCAGAGUGAGAUGAAAACCUGUCGAUGCAGCUUUGUUGCUACUGUUUUAUACAAGAGAACACAGGGCUGUGAUGUAGGCCAGGGUGAGGUUUGGUUGGUGCUGACAGACCCCAGUCUUCAGGAGGAGCAGCCUGAGAGGCUAUGCAGGCGUACAGUGACCCUGUGUGUGAGCACUUCCUGUGUGCUCACUUCCUCUGUCCUCAAAGCACUAAAUUCCCCCGCUGCCUGUCGCAUGUCAUUCAGAGAUGCCAUUAAAGAAGCUGGUGUUCUCCUGUGUGUGGAGCAGUCAGUUGUCGAUGUGCACUCAGUGGAUCCUGAGGACAGGCAUGCGUCUACAGCCAGACCAGAGUCACUUUCACAGACACUGACAGAGCCCCAGGUGAAGACCCUGCCCCAGCCUGUGAAACUGGAUCCUCUGAGUCUGAAGACCACACCUAACUCCCUCUGCACUCUCACAGGGGUGAUAGUUGGUGUGGAGGAGAGUACAGCUUAUUCCUGGCCUGCCUGCAAUUACUGUGGAAGUGACCACUUAAAGAUCUUAGCUGAAAUGCCUCAGAACUUCCACUGUGUUUCAUGUAAAUCUGCAGUGGAAAAGCCAGACACAAAGAUUCAGCUUGAAGUGUUCCUGAGCUCUUCUUCAUUAAGCAACUACACUCUGAAGGUUAAGCUGCAGCAAAAGACAAUCAUGUCUAUUCUGAACAUCGCAGAACUGGAGGGUAAGGAGUUCCCAGGUUACGAUGUGGAGAAUGUCCUGGGAAAAGAGGUCGGCCCCCUCGCAGUUUAUGUCCGAGUCGUCACCAGGAAACCUGCCCUCUGGAUGUGUCUGGAAGAGAUUUGCCUCUAAAGGCUGUCGGAGCAAGUAGCUAGUGAUAUCAAUCCUCAGGCUUCAGUUGGCUCCAAGGAUCUGCACACUAGGCCUUGGUCUGAACCAGUUUAUCCUCCUCUCCUCCCCUCUGAAGGCCUCCCCUGACAGCUUGAGGCUCUGCUGAAGCAAGUGGGCUGCCAGAAGACAAGGUCUUGUUUGUGUUAAUGAUAUGUGAUCCUGUGGACCAGGACCUGAUAGCCCAAGGGUAGACCAGUGGCAUGCAGUCUGUCAGGGCAGCCCACGUGGUUCAUCAACGGGAAUGUUAACUUUUUAAAACACAACAUUUGAGUGCAAACAUUUGUAGUUCGUCUAAAACCCUUUUCCAAGCAUCUACCUCUGUAAGACUGCCAACACUGUCAAUAAAAGUUGUAUUUUUGCUGACUUUACUUCCUGUUGCACUUCUUGUAAGAAAGCACUAGCUGUGUAGAAAGACUACUCACAGACCAGACAGUUCUGCUUAUUUUCCAAUUUUAUUAUAGAUUCCAUAAACAAAAUGUUUAAGGUUUCAUACAAACUAUAUAAAAGAUCAUGCUCUGACUCUUAUACAAAGUUUGGAAUUAUAAAACGGACCGUAUCAGGUAUAACACCAUAUAAAUGCAGUGGUAGAAUAAUUUAAUACAGAGAAAAU